AUGGACAUCCCACAGGGGGAAUCGGAACUGCCCGAGCAAAUGUGCAGUGGUGCUAUUUCCAAGCAGCCUGUUCUGCAGCUAGAACUGACGAAUGACCGGGGGAAGCCAGGUACCACAGCUCCCUGCAAGAGGAGGGCCAAGGAGGAAGCCCGGGGACCCAAGGAGACAGCUGGCCGGCCUGGCAGAGAGAAGCCAUAUGGGUGUGAGGAAUGCGGCGAAAUCUUCAGAUUAUGCUCUCAUCUGGACCAGCACCAGAGGGUCCACACCGGAGAGAAGCCCUUCAAGUGCAGUGAGUGUGGGGAGGCCUUCUGCCUGAGCUCAGAGCUGAUCCAGCAUCAGAGGCUCCACACUGGGGAGAAGCCCUACAGGUGUGAGGCAUGCGAGAAGGCCUUUGAGCAGAGCUCUGGCCUCAUGCACCACCAGCGGAUGCACUCAGGAGAGCGGUCCUACCCCUGCCGAGAGUGUGGGAAAGCCUCCAGCCAACAGUCCCAGCUUGUUAGGCACCAGCGGAUGCACACCGGGGAAAGACCCUACCCCUGCCAUGUCUGUGGGAAGACCUUCAGCCAGAGCUCCAUGCUGGCUCAGCACCAGCGCAUCCAUGCUGGGGAGGAGGGCCUGGGAUCCCGCACACCAGGAGGACUCUGCAUCAUCUCACCGCAGAGCCAUGCCACGGAGAAGCCAUUCAAGUGUGAUGCGUGUGGGAAGGCUUUCCGAUGGGUCUCGCGCCUCAGCCAGCACCAGCUGACCCACACGGGCGAAAAACCCUACAAGUGCAACAAGUGCACCAAAGCCUUUGGGUGUAGCUCCCGCCUGAUUCGCCACCAGAGAGCUCACACCGAAGAGAAGCCUUUUAAGUGUGAGGAGUGUGGCAAAGGUUUCGUCCAGGGCUCACACCUCAGUCAGCAUCAGAGGAUCCACACUGGGGAGAAGCCCUACAGAUGCAGCGAUUGCGGGAAAGCCUUCAGCCAGAGCUCCAGCCUCAUCUACCACCAGAGGGUCCACAAGGGUGAGAAGCCCUACGAGUGCAUGGAGUGCGGGAAGGCCUUCAGCAUGAGCACGCAGCUCACCGUCCACCAGAGGGUCCACACGGGCGAGCGGCCCUACAAGUGCAGCGAGUGCGGGAAGGCCUUCAGCCAUUACUCCACCUUCUUCCAGCACCAGAUCAUCCACACAGGUGUGAAGUCCUAUGUCUGCAGCGAGUGUGGCAAGGCCUUCAGCCGCAGCUCCUACCUUAUGAAGCACCUGAGGACCCACAUGCGAGCUCAGUGGUGGCACGAGUACGGAAGCACGCCUGAUGGCCCUGUGCACGCGAGCCGCAGGAGAGCAGACCCCGGCAAGAAGCUGCAUAAAUGUGACGAGUGUGAGAAAACAUUCCGAUGGCACUCUCGCCUGGUGAUUCACCAGAGGAUUCACUCUGGAGAAAAACCCUUUAAGUGUAGUGAUUGUGGCCGCGCUUUUAACCGCAGCUCCAGGCUCGCUCAACACCAGAAAACUCACCUCACGUGCCAUUUCUGGUUCAUGUGGGAGGCCCUUUGCGGGAAAACGUGCUGGGAUGUGUCCAGAUGUGCUGCUCGGGUCCCCAGGACCCUGCAUGAUAGACUGUGCUGGUCUCCCAAGCAGGGCAACAUCCACAGCAAAGUCAUGCCCAGUGGCGGUGGCAGCAGUGAACAGGAGCGAGUUCUAGCCGUUAAUCAGGUUCAUUCCCACGGGGGCAGUGCUAGGAAAGCUGCUGGGCAGUCGCCACCGACCACCCGGGUGGGAUGA